AUGGCGCAAGAAAAAGCGUUUCUGCUGCUCAUCAAUGGCCAUGUCGAAUCGGCGGAGUUUCCUGACUGUUCAUCGUUAUGCGUACGAUUCUCAUCAAGCUUUGGACCUGACUGGAAGCAUGUUGCUGGUGCUAUCGAGGGACUUUCGGCUACAUGUUUCAAAGGCGAAGCUCGUCAUUUUGUUCCUGAUCUUCCUAUUACGGCCACCUUUUCGAGCACGAAUCCGUACAGAUGGCCCCAACUAGUGUUUUCAUGUUACGGGCACGAUUUCAUGGGACACGAUGUGAUUCGGGGAUAUGGUGCAUUGCCCAUUCCGACUGUUCCCGGAACCCACCUCAAGAUAGUGCCAUGUUUUGUACCGGAAGCCUCAUCUAGCUAUCAGAAGAUUAUAGGAAUUUUGCGUGGACGGCGACCUGAAUUCGUUAAUCCGAAUCAGGUAGCAAGGCCAGAAGCUCGACACGUAACAAGAGUUACCACUCAAGGAAAGCUUCGAGUCCGCAUAGAUGUUCUAUUGAAAGAUAUCCGCAAAUUCGGUUUUCAAAUUAUUCCCAGUCGAGGAGUGACGUCACAAGAGCCUGCUCCUACAGAUCUGUCAAAAUUGAGACUGGGCCGACAAAAGAGACCUGUCGAAGAACCCGAAACUUCGACUCCUGCUCAAAGCGAAGACAAAGCCACUGAUAUCAUCUCACCUCCACCGCCUUCAGAUGACGCAUCAUCACGUCCACUGCCAGCUCUGGAAGACUAG